UCACUUUCACUGCUAUAUAAGCCUUCCCUUUCAUUUCUCUAAACAAAUUUACCAAAUCCCCCCACCUUUUUCUAUUUCUUUGUCUCAAACGUUUCUCCAUGGAGAAAUUCACGAUCAGGAAUCAAUCCAGAAUGCCUUCUUCAACGCCACCGUCAGCACUAUCCAUUCGCAAGGAUUCACGAACAAUAUCAAAGGCAAAGCCAAAGAUAAGCAUAAUUCACAUAUUUGCUCCAGAGAUCAUCAAGACUGACGUAGCAAACUUCAGAGAACUGGUGCAAAGACUCACUGGAAAACCAUCUCAAGAAAAGGGUUGCAAAAAGAAACCAAGAAUUGCUAGAAGAGAUCAUAUUCAAGAGCCAAGGAUCACUCGUUUUUGCGACAAACCAGUGGCAGCAGCAGCUGUGGCCAAGAAAAUGGAGCUGAGAACUGGGUUUCUUGCAGGCUGGGAAACAAGAGAAAGGAUCAAGGAAGAAGAAGGUAUGUGGAAUAGUAUUGGUGAGAAUUCAGGUGGUUUCUUAAGUGGUUUUGGAGAUUUGGAUGGAUUUAUUCAGGAACUUGGUGAAUUUCCUUUGCUUCCUUUGGAUGCUUCUCACAUGCAUGGAUUUGAAGAAGCUGAACUUGCAUAAAUUGAUUCUUUAAAUUGGGGUUUUAAUUUUUUCCUUCUUUAAUUUUAAAAUUGAAUGUUUGAUCGUUGAAGAUGU